CUUCAGCCAGGGGAAUCGGGAGAUAAUCAUUCAUACAAAAAAAUCUUUACAUCUCUGAGAAACCAAAGAGGAAAAAUGGCUCCUCUAACUCUAAUCACCUCCCAAUCCAACCUCCUCCUCCGAACCCCUCUCCUCCUCCCACCACAAAACCUCACACCCAAUAUUCAUACUCACUCCUCUCCCCUUUCCCUUUCCCUAAACCAAAACCCCAAACCCUUCUCUCUCCGCCUCACCACCAAACGCAACCCAGCAACCCUUGUUGUUCUCUCUUCUACUUCUACUUCUACUUCUUCUUCCACCAUCCCAAACCCACAAAUCUCUCACUCAUCACCACUCACCAAAACUCUCACCACCAUAGCUUCCAUAGCCUUGCUUGUCCUCCCCAAAAUCAUUAUGGGCCCACAAUCUCACUUAGGCCUAGUAAGCUCAGUUGGGCCACUGUUCUUUGCGGCUCUGAAGGACAGGCCUUCUGGGUACCUGAACACGCCGCUCACGGUGGUGGCUGCUGGUUUGGCUAAGUGGCUUGAUAUCUAUAGUGGGGUUUUGAUGGUGAGGGUUUUGCUGAGUUGGUUUCCCAACAUUCCUUGGGACAGACAACCUUUGUCGGCAAUUCGUGACCUAUGUGAUCCUUAUCUCAAUCUGUUUCGGAACAUUAUUCCACCAAUCUUUGAUACUUUGGAUGUUAGUCCACUUUUGGCUUUUGCUGUAUUGGGCACGCUUGGCUCCAUUCUCAAUAGUAGCAGAGGAAUGUAUUGAUAAUUGAUUGGGUAUGGAAUCAAUUAGGUGUUUUUUUCUUUUCUUUUCUUGUUUUGGGUUUUGCAUUUUGUUAUGUCUCAAAUGUCAUGUAAGUCAUAUAUAAAUAGAUGAAUUUUGAGAGGUUUAGAACUUGUGGUUUGAUCA